ACAGAGCUGCUUAGGGCGUGCUGGGCUCAGUUGUGCGUGGAGGAAGCUGAGAACGAGCAAGUUUUGGUAGCUGGGGUGUUUGGUAUGAAGUAGCAGGGCAGUGUGAGAAUUUGGGUGAGGUCAUUAAUGCUUUGGAGGUGGGUGAGGUGAAUGUGGUAUCACCAAAACAUCUCAGAGUGACAGAGCUCAGAAAGGCUUGGCAGGCGAUUCGGGCUAGAGGCUUUGUCAUGGCAGAAAGCCCACAGCCUGUGCCUUCUGAGCGCGCCCUGCACUGUUCAGAGCUGUCCUCAAAGGGAGAAAGGGAAGGAGAUACCGUGCUACCUGGUGCCGGUGGGGGGCUAGUUCAGGUGAGUGAAAAUGGAAUGGGCAAAAUCCCAAAACAACAUGACUGUGACCAUCCUGACUGAAUCCCAGGCUAAGUGGUACCAGGUCAGUGGUCCAUUUCUGGUUGGAUGGUGUGGUGUUUUCUUUAGCACAAGAAAAAGUAAGCGUGGUAUUUUCAUUAUGCUGGGGCACCACCAUAGUACAGCUGGAUUUUGUGACACAGCAGCUUCUGUAAGGAAGACAGGAUCUUAGAAAAGGAUUUAACAAAGAUCUCAGGCAGUUAAAGCCUGGGGGACUUGCAGCGUGUAGUCCUUGAUAGCAGUGGAUUAUUGCUAUGCCUGGCAGUUCUAUGUUUUUCUAGCAAGCAUUUUAAGCCAGGAUUUCAACUAGAGCUGCGGCUGCUUUGCUUUGGAGGAGAGAGUAUAGCAGGUUACUCUGGAGGUGGGAGAAACUGCAGAGCUAUCAGGGACAAACCAACCGAGCAGCAUUAAAGAAGAGAUUGUACUCUAUCCUUGGAACCUGGAGGAGAGCAUGCAAAUAAAAAACUGGGCUCAGAACAGUUAAGAGGAAAGAGGGAGGGAAGAACAGGAGGAAGUACCAGCAGCGGAAGGUGGCUGCAGAUGGAUGGAGAGUGAUUCAGCAGGGAAGGAAGUUCUCAGUAGAUGCUCCUAAAUGAAACAAUAAAAGCCUGUGAGAAGUCUACUAGUUCUUUUGCAUUUCUUCCGGUGAAAUCUCCCUGUCUUUUAGGAGUGGGAAGACAACUUAGGUUUGAUGUUUUGUGUGCCAUCAACUGAAACUGGGGCCAUCAUGAAUAUAACGAAAGGUGGACUGGUGCUGUUUUCAGCUAAUUCCAAUUCUUCAUGCAUGGAACUAUCAAAGAGAAUUGCUGAGCGAUUAGGAGUUGAGAUGGGGAAGGUUCAGGUUUAUCAAGAGCCAAACAGAGAAACAAGAGUACAGAUUCAGGAGUCUGUGAGAGGAAAGGAUGUGUUUAUCAUCCAGACAGUUUCAAAGGAUGUGAAUACUACGAUCAUGGAACUCCUGAUCAUGGUGUAUGCCUGUAAAACAUCCUGUGCCAAAAGCAUUAUUGGAGUGAUUCCUUACUUCCCCUACAGCAAACAGUGCAAGAUGAGAAAAAGGGGCUCCAUUGUUUCUAAAUUACUGGCUUCAAUGAUGUGCAAAGCUGGACUAACUCAUCUUAUUACCAUGGAUUUACAUCAGAAGGAAAUACAGGGCUUCUUCAAUAUUCCAGUUGAUAACUUGAGAGCAUCUCCAUUUUUACUGCAGUACAUCCAAGAAGAGAUACCAGACUACAGGAAUGCUGUAAUUGUGGCCAAAUCACCUGCGUCUGCAAAGAGGGCCCAGUCAUUUGCUGAACGUUUACGGUUGGGAAUUGCAGUGAUUCAUGGGGAAGCUCAAGAUGCUGAGUCUGACAUGGUGGAUGGUCGACAUUCACCGCCCACAGCCAAGAACGUAGCUGCUAUUCAUCCCAGUUUGGAGAUACCCAUGCUGAUUCCCAAGGAAAAACCACCCAUCACAGUUGUUGGAGAUGUAGGAGGAAGAAUAGCUAUCAUCGUGGAUGACAUUAUAGAUGAUGUUGACAGCUUUCUUGCUGCAGCAGAGACCCUCAAGGAGAGGGGGGCUUACAAGAUCUUCGUAAUGGCCACACACGGCCUGCUGUCUUCAGAUGCUCCCAGGCUGAUAGAAGAAUCUGCAAUUGAUGAAGUGGUUGUUACAAACACGAUUCCACAUGAAAUCCAGAAACUGCAGUGCCCUAAAAUCAAGACUGUGGAUAUCAGCAUGAUCCUCUCAGAAGCCAUUCGCAGGAUCCACAACGGGGAGUCGAUGUCGUACCUUUUCAGAAAUAUUGGACUGGAUGAUUAAAGCUUUCUAAUUUAAAUAAACACCUUGGGCCAAACUGGAAGUGAGAAGAUAACGAGCUGUGAAGCAUCAUGCUUACUUAAUAUUUCUAUUGAGCCACGUUUUGUUUUCUCUUGGUUGAAGUAUCAAGGUAGAACAGUUUUUUAAGAGCUGUUUUUUUUUUCUUUGCAGUUUUUUUGGGGGGUGAAAAGUGGUGAGAGAGGGGGGGAGGUGGGAAACGUUUUACAGAAAACUGUUCUAGUUGCUUAUAGGUUAGUUGCACUAUAUACAUGGUGGAAAAAAACCACAAAACACUUGAAGCAAGAAUUUGGCUUCGAAACUAAGCAUUCCUUUUCCAAAGCUGCUUGCUACAAGUGCUUUAAAAGAUAAUAAAAUGAAGUGACUGUAUAAUAUUUGCAUUUAAAAAGCCAAAAAGGUUGUACUGUUGUAUGCAGUUAAGUGAUUUUGUAGGAGUGCUUUUCUAUAAAGCAUAUGAAGAUAUGCACCUGUAUUUAUUUUCUGCGACAAAGAAUAAAGAUUUGUUUUGUGUGAGCUUUCUAAAAA